CGAUCAUAUCGUGGACUGAUUUUGGUGGAAGCCCCACCACGUGUUCUGUCUCUCUUCACUAUAGACUUGAAAGAUUCCCUUUGGUACGAAUGAACUUGUCUUUGUGAGCACUUUAUCACAUUGUCGGCCUGCUCGUUCAGAUCCCACUAAACCGACGCACCAUGUACGCCGACAUCUCCAAACCGCCAGCGGCGUUGCCAGAAGCCAAACUCUCCAGGCUGGAGACAGGGAUAUCUCUUUUGCCACCGUUGUCACGCCGAGGUUAUGGGCCGGGACUUAUCAUUUUGGUGCCAGAUACUCUGGAGGGCUCGCAACUGACUAUCACUGAGGGAGUACCGUCGCCGAUGCUGAAGUGGGCAGAAGAAGGCUACGCUGUGGUGGAAGUUGUUGCAGCCGCUCUCAAAAAGUCUUCGGACGUAUUAACGAGAGCUCUCCAGGUGCUGCAAGGAUGUGAUGCUUGUAGCCCAAAGGAUAAAGUUGGAAUAGUAGUAUAUGAUGAUCAGCUUUGGAACACCGCGGCGCCCCAACUGUUGCAAUCACCUUCGAUCGUGGGCGCGGUGGUUUAUGCCAAAGACCAAGACAAGCCGACCUUGGCCAGUUGCCCUAUCCCAGUGAUCCAGCAUUUGGCUGGUGGCUCAUCCGGGGCCCCUGAACGGGGUGAGAAGCGGACAACAUAUUUCUAUCCGGCCGUCAAAUCACACAAGUUUGCCACUCCAUUCACUCCCGAGUUCCAUUACUCGUCCGAGUCCGUCUCUCACACUCGCAACCUCACCUUUUUGAAACCUCUAACGGGAGGGCCAUACUUUGAUCUCGAGACAAUCUGGGAUGAACACACGUAUUACGAGUUUGCUGAUCGGUCAGUCGAGCACACCAUGAGCACGAUGGUGCAAGAGCCUUACGUCAACCACAUCCCCACGAUCACCGGUGGGAUAGGUCGGGCCAAACUGACGACCUUCUAUCGAGACAACUUUAUCUUCAAAAAUGCGGACGAUGCGGAACUCGAGUUGAUCAGUAGGACUAUCGGAAUUGACCGGGUGAUUGAUGAGUUCAUCUUCAAAUUCACGCAUCAAAGAGAGAUUGAUUGGCUGUGAGUCGGCGUGUCGUGUCUGUUAUCAUUUUGAGGCCCCUAGCUAACUGGGUAGCCUACCGGGCAUUCCUCCGACUGGCAAAUAUGCACAGAUACCUAUGAUGGCGGUUGUUAACGUUCGAGGGGACCGAUUGUACCAUGAGCACAUUUCCUGGGAUCAGGGAAGUGCUCUGCGGCAGGUUGGCCUUCUGCCCGAGUAUCUCCCAUAUCCCUACCCACUUCCAGAUGGCACUUCCCCAGGGCCAAACAAGGUAUUUGAAUAUCGAGUUCCAGUGGCAGGCAAGGAGACUGCGGACAAGCUGAGAGAGAAGAGCUCGGUUCCGUCCAACGAAAUGUUUGAAUUCAAAAUUAGAGAGGUGGAUUCGACGUCAACAUGAGACAGUGCGGCACGGCUAUGAGGUGAUGAUCGAGCUGGUCCUGGAAGGGCGCAAUACAGAGUCUCAGGGAUCCUAAUCCAUUUUGAGUGGUCGUAUAGGAUCUAAGUGAAGGUUAUGGAUUGUAGAUGUCUAGAUUUUCAGGCAUCUAGGUGUCUAAAUUAGGUAUGGGAAGAAUGAUGAUUGAUGAACCCGAGAAGCAGACACGUGACAAAUGAUUAGGCCGUUGAGGAAGGCGCGCUCGUCACCUUCAGGAAGGCACAAGGACACGAAUGGCAGGACCACUCGUGGCUCGUUGUGGCAAGUUUACCGACUCUACCACACAACAUACAUCCCGUCAACUCUUCUCUCUUCUCUCUUGGAAGAUAAUUCAUGGAUAACGUGCAGAAUGUCGCAGUGUAUCUAUUAAUGUCAUCAACGCCUAGCUACUCUUCAGAGACCAGAGUCUGAAGUCGGAAAGUGAUAG